AUGGUCUGUGAUCCGUGUACGAUCUCGUCACAACGCGAACUCGAUGAGGCCGUACGAUUGCUGCAACUGAACGGAGAAGCUGAACUGAACAUUCACGUCUUUCUCGGCAUUCCGUCUUUACCCGGAUUACCGUGUACCGGUGAAGACAGUGAGUUGGCAAUUCAUUUAUUCAAUUGCACAAACCCUUAA